AUUGCUUCCGGUUUAACUUGUUUAUUUUCUCGUGGUCCAUUGACUGAAAGUGGAAAGUGAUAGAAGUCUAGAUUUCUAGAUCUAGUGGAUCUAAGAUCAAGAUCUAAUUGAAUAGUCAUAAAUCUGCUAACUUACUGAAUGUCGAAUAAUUUUUAAAGCUGCUAUUCAUUUAGAGAAUGAAUCACCUCUCAUCAGUGAAGCAUGUCAUCAUUGUUCUGUCUGGUAAAGGAGGAGUUGGGAAGAGCACAAUGGCUGUACAAAUAGCCCUAGGCUUGCAUGCAGCUGGGAAGAAGGUUGGUCUGCUGGAUGUUGAUCUGUGUGGUCCAAGUAUUCCUAAAAUGUUUAAUCUUGAGGGGAGAGACAUUUACCAAUGCCCUGAAGGCUGGUUACCUGUGUAUGUGGAUAAGGAGCAGAGAAUUGGUGUCAUGUCGAUUGGGUUCUUGUUGCAUGAUUUAGAUGAUGCUGUAGUGUGGAGAGGCCCGAAAAAGAAUGCGAUGAUCAAGCAGUUUUUGAGUGAUGUUUACUGGCGAGAUGUUGACUAUCUCAUCAUUGACACACCCCCUGGUACCUCAGAUGAGCACAUUACUGUAAUGGAGGCUUUGCGGGCCUACAACCCUGACGGUGCCAUCCUGGUCACAACUCCUCAGGCUGUUGCAGUUGGGGACGUGAGAAGGGAGCUAACUUUCUGUCACAAAACUGGAAUCCCUGUGGUUGGCAUUGUUGAAAACAUGAGUGGUUAUGUGUGUCCUCAUUGUACAGAGUGUACAAAUAUUUUUUCCAAAGGAGGUGGUAAAGCCUUGGCACAGCAAAACAAUGUUCCCUUCCUUGGAAGUAUUCCGAUCGACAGACAACUGACCAUUAGUUUGGACACCGGGACAAAUUUUUUGGAGUCCAACCCAGAUUCACCUGCUCUUGCGGCCAUAAAUCAUAUGAUUAAAAAGCUGAUGGCCAUUGACAGAGACUUGCCAUAACUGUUGACAUUUUCUUGCUUUGAUUUGUUUCAACACUAAAAACAAAGUAUAACAGCUUUUUUGUUUAAUGUUUAUGAUACAGUAAAAAAAAAAAGGUUAGUAAAAUGUGGAGACUAACUUUUUCAAAACAUUGAAAGUCAAGUAUUUCAGUUGAGAUUGAUGUAUCUUAAGCUCUGUUUGUGUACUUCAUCCCAAAACUAGAUGUACAUAUUUUUAAAAAAAAUUAAUUAUCACUAAGUUACUCGCAAAUCAGAAUAAUUUUGCGCAUUUGUAUUUGGUUAAAAACAAUUAAAUAUUGACCUUGUACCCUUUGUUGCAAUAUUUUAUUAUUUUUGUUUUAGUAUAUGACAUAGUCUUGUUAGAACACUUUAUUUAUGUUAUUAAUAUUAUGUGUAACAUCAUAUCAUUCGGGUAAUUAAAUUAUUUUUUUUCAAGUAAAAUAAGAGUGUCAGACUGUCAGUUCAGUUUUGUAAAAUAAUUUUUAUGAAAAAUACACAUUGUUUAGAAACCACACCAAUUGAACGCUAUAAUUGAUUAAAAGUUUUUUUUUAGAUAAAUAUAAAACUAUCAAAGGAACUUUCUUCAAAAUGUAGUAAUUAAUUCAUCAUAGUGGUUUAGCAACCCUUCCCGGUGCCCGGGGACAAACUUUCAAUUUGACGCCCCCCUCGGGAGCAACCUUGCAAUUUUCAAUUUGCAUCCCCCCUCAAACUUUAGAUUUGCACCCUCCCCCCUCAAACUUUAGAAUUGCUAACACC